AUGUCCACCCCCAGUGCUAUUGAGUUCGUUUCUCAUCAGGAAGAUGACAAUCAGUUACAUUCCUGGAUGAAGCCAGAUGGUGGUAAAGAUGGGUUGUCAUUGAUUGAUUGGCUGCAGUAUUUUCUGCUGAAAGACAACGCAGACAAUCUGAGGAAGUAUCUUGGUGGCUUCAAGAACGGGAAGAAGGUCAAGCAAUAUCCUAUUGCAUUCAAAGCCUGGGAAGACAGCACAAUGAGAAUUAGUGAAGAAGAAAUGUCUCAACAUAAAAAAGAUGAGCUUGAGGAUAUAAAUAUUAUGAGAAAAGUACUUGGUGAAAGUAAGGCAAAGUCACCUGCUGUAUGUAAUACAACAACGCCCUUAGACUUAAACAAAACCCAAGACAUGAGCAAGGGUGAAGACAGUGAAGACGGUGAAAAUGAUGGAGGUGACGAAGCCAGUAAGAGCAGCAAAAGCUGUAAAGACCAAGAAGAACAGGGAGCUGAUGUCAGCAAUGAGAUCAGUUCUCAGAGAGAGGCCAUUGUCCAAAGCAAUAGUGAAAGCAGCACCUCCGAGCACUCUGAUGCCAGUGCAUACAGUAGCAAAAGAUACCCUAAAUUCUUUGGCAAGAUUGUGAAGAACACAGCAAAAAGAUCAGUCAAGAGCAUAGAGGAUAUUGGGCAUGGUAUAAAAGAGUUCAAUGAUGCCCGGAUAUCGCUCUUAGAAUCAAAGUAUGAGGAAGAGCUCAAGAACCAGAAGGAGAAGCUGCAAAAAGAGCUUCAAUGCAAGCAGUGGGUAAAAGGAGUGAUCCUUAUGACAAAAACAUUUGACUGGUCUGAGAAGAAGACUAAGAAUGAAUUAGAAGAGAUGUAUAACCAAUACCUCAAUUAUUAA